UUGGUUCUACGCGCCUAACGCUCAUUCGGUGACGUUCGGCCCCGGACUCGGCAACCGAAAGUGUGGGGCCCAGGCUCUGGUACAUAGUGUGUGCUCGCUCCGCUUCUUGAGUCUCCCUUCGCAUCAGAAGCACUUGCCACCUUUUUUGCGCGAAUUGUUGAUCGGUGCCGUUUCCGCUUCCUGAAAAAAAAAAAGUUUGUCGCCCAUCUAUCAGUGGCGCGGCGACGUGCAGGCAUUGUUUUGACUCCGCGAUUCUAAGCUCGGCCGCGCAUGUAUCGACGGCGCAAAGGCACAGAUGCACGGGUUCGUUUCUGAGUCGUGUCCCGGAUAACACACUUCUUGGUGGCCGUCUCUUUGACACCGGUCGCGGUGGACGACGUCUGACAUCGAUGCAGCUGCGUCACGUACUUACUCCCCGAGGACCAACAUCCACUGUGAAUACUUGCCGUGUUUCUGGGAUCGUUUGUGCCACUUAACCUGCUUGGGAAGAAAAAAAAAAGAAACUACCGGAAUCCCGGAUCGUCCCUCGGGGAAACGAAAGAGUAGGAAGCGGCCCGGCUCUCGACAUUCGUUCACUUAGAGCGCCGAUCCGGAACAGUGCUCGCGGAACUCGCCAGCAUCCUCUGGAGUCAGUGUACGUCGCUCGUCAUUCCUUCGUCGGCAACUUCUUCUAAGGAAUCCUGGUAUCCGCUGUAACGAAGGGCUAAAUACCUACGCGCCACUUCGCAUUGGCCUCGUCUUCAUGAUCAACGCGCGCCGUCAUCACCCUUUCAGUACCUGUGCUUAAGAGCGAUCUGAUCCGGGCGAGAGCCGGCUGCCUUAAGGAUUCCGUGCAUGGCCGACGUACCGGAGAGCUACGACAUGCUGUCGACGUCCACUCUGGGCCCGCUCGUGGCCAACGUGACGUCAGUGACGUUACGUGUCUCCAGAGACCAGUCAGUGUCGCGCAGCUACAGCAACACUACGCCCACCUCUCACCUCAACCUGACCACGGGUCACGGUGAUUCCGAGGAAUUUGUGCCCUACGAGCAAAGACUAGAGACGUACGUGGUGCCCACGCUUUUUGCUUUCAUAUUUCUCGUCGGGCUCCUCGGCAACGGAACACUGAUCGUCGUGUUCCUGAGAAACCGAACGAUGCGCAGUGUUCCUAACAUCUACAUCAUGAGCCUCUCUCUGGGCGACUUCAUCGUCAUCGCCGGCACUGUGCCGUUCAUCAGCACAAUCUACAUCCUCGACUCGUGGCCCUAUGGGCUGUUUCUCUGCAAGCUCAGCGAAUUCCUUCGGGACGUGUCCAUUAGCGUGACCGUGUUGACGCUGACCGUGCUCAGCAUAGAUCGGUACGUGGCCAUCGCCAUGCCGCUUCUCAACCACAAAGGCCGUCGACACACAAGACGAACAAUUACCAUCAUGCUCACCGUCGCGGUGUGGAUGAUCGCCAUCCUCUUGGCCAUACCGGGAGCCCACUUCUCGUUCGUAAUGGAAGUCGAGGCCACGCCCGAGCUACGAUACAGCGUGUGCUACCCGUUUCCACCGGAGAUGUGGCCCUGGUACCCGAAGCUGAUGGUGCUCAUGAAGUUCCUCGUUCAGUACGCGAUCCCAUUGAUGAUAAUAGGCACUUUCUAUUGUCUCAUGGCCCGCCAGCUCAUUCGCACGUCCCGCACCCACUUGACGCAGCCCGGCUGUGGCGGCGUGGCGCAGCUCAAGCAGAUGAAGGCGCGCGUGAAGGUGGCCAAGAUCGCCCUGGCUUUUGUCGUUCUUUUCGCCGUGUGCUUUUUCCCCAACCACGUGUUCAUGAUGUGGUACUAUUUCGCGCCCGACGCACCGUCGCACUACAACAGCUUCUGGCACGUCUGGAAGAUCAUGGGCUACGUGAUGACGUUUGUCAACUCGUGCCUGAACCCCAUCGCCCUGUACCUGGUCAGCGGAGUGUUCCGCAACCAUUUCAAGCACUACCUCUUUUGCAGCCGGCGUGCGGCAAGCGGCGUCCACUCGCGCAACAAUUCCUAUUCCUUCCGCACCAUUCACAGCUCCAGCAUGUCCAAGUGCACGGCUUCCACCAAGAUUUGACGAAUGACUUGCCUCCGGAGGAGGACAAAGGUCAAAUGCGACGGCCAAAACGGGCUUCCCGCCAGCGACGAACCGGAGUUCAGGUCGGUGUCUGAGGGAACAUUUUAGACCAGCCUACAUUCGUCAGCUUCGGACAUUCCCCGGGCAGUUCGCCUAACACAUUUGGCUUCCCAGCGGUGUCCUACUGUCACGUGCUUUUGGGAUGCUAGAAGUGAAGUUCCAGUAAAGACAAGAGCAUGUGCUGCCGUAGUCAGGCCACCGUUACCGGUGUUUGCCACCAGUGGUGUCAUUGUAGAGGGGGAUUGUGCGUGAGAUUAGUGACUUCAGACAACGUGCUUUCAGAACUGGAAGUGCUGUGAAAUAUUGCUGCAGUGUUCUCCUCAAGACUCGCCGAACAAUGAUUGGUGUCUAGAGGCACCAAAGGCACCCACUGCGAUUUUAAAUGGUACCUAUCUCUGCACGGUCCAUGUUGAUAUGCGUAAUAGUGCAUGGGUAUGUAGUAUCACCAUUCAUGGUGAUCUCAUGGCUGCCAGUAUAUACUGGCCUUCCGCAUUCGUCCAUUCUUGAAGUAGCUUAUGGCAACUUGUACGACAUUCUCAUGUACAUAACGAUCAUCUCAAGUAGUCUUCGAUUGAGUCUCGUAUAUUUAACUUGCGCGCGUGGAUGUAACGUACGAACGAGGGAUGUUCAACCUGGAUCUCUGGUUAUUACAGAUGUGUCAUACGCUGUCAUGAGCAAAGCAUGAAGCGGAAUCUUUGUGUCUAAUAAGGUUGCUUUUUGUGUCCUCAAGUUUGCCAUUGUGCACUAACGCACUGGGACCAAUUUAUGCAGCGCUGUAUCUUUGAUGCUAUCUCGGCAGAAGAACACAGGGGUUAUUAACGGAUGACAGGUUCUUAUCGACACACUCAUAUGGUGCAACGAAACUUUCGUAUAGCAUUCGCUGUCCUUGCAAAAUCAAUAGGGCCAGCUGUGUAAGUGCAUUUCAGGUACCGCUGAUGCGUUGUUUUCUCAUAGAUAAUUAGGGAGAGUCUACUUAAGUGUAAUUUUGAUUUCUGCGAGUAUGUUAUGUCAUAUUCACCAUGAUGAUCGUGACAUUUUCAUACAAACUACUGCGCGUUGUGAAACGAUCAACUUUUUGAGAAGAGAUUUGAAACGAACUUCGCAACGAGUACCCCAAUACAGAUAUACGAAGAUGUAUGCACGCUAGAGCUCUGCAAAGGCGCCUACACCAACACACAUACACAGAUGGAUUGAAUACACCGCUAUGCCCAUACACCCACACACCGCUAUGCAUCGCUCUUGCUGGUGCAAGGUUUCGGCACAUGAUUGUCAUACAGAAGUAAAUCAAAUUUCGAUUUCAUGUGAUGAAGAUUUUUGUUAGAGUACAGUACACCUAUGUUUGGUUCAUCAGUUUCGCUGCAAUUAAAAGAUCUCUAAGACAGCUGUAGCGCGCAGAAAUCGUAGAUGUUGUGCUAUGAAGAACAAUGUACAAUUUUAUCAGCGUGACAAUUACUUGCCCAGUAGAAGCAAGUUGCUUGAAGUGUACAUUUCGCGCACAAUAAGACAAAUUCACAAUACAUGCGUUCAGGUCACUGGCGCCGAACAUACGAAUGGUGUAUUAAAGUGAUACCGUCCUUUGGCUCUUUCCCCACUUGGUGGUUUAUCUGUUUGUGUCUGGCCGUUUAUGUAACUAAUAUAUAUAUAUAUAUA